UAUAUGCAGUGCAGAUCAAUGAAAGUUGAACUGUAACCGCCUGCUCAGCGGCUGCCAAACUUUAACAGAGGACGCUUUUCCUAUUGCCCAUUUGCUGUGUCUUUCUCUCAAUUUGGGACUGAAUAGCAGGGUCAUCUCAAAAAAAUUUAAGAUACUUCUAGCUGGAUCAAGGAGUUGCAAGAUAAGAGAGAGACUACAGCAACAAUUAUCCUCAAAUCUUUAGAGCUAACAUCACCUGAAUUUGUCAAAAUAACUGCUCUAAGAUUGGCUUGAAGGACAUGGAUUUAAGAUUAUUUGCACUCCUCUUCCUCUGUUGUUGCAAACAAGGCUGGAUGCAGGAAGAUGUAGCAGUCACAGAGGAUGGAGAGGCCCCUGUGAUUCCCCUCACACCUUUGAUACCCAGCAAACCAAAAUCAGAUUUAGACAUUUCUCACGGAGCGACCUCUAGCCCUACCGCUGAGAAUGGCGAGAACUCAUCAGAGGAAGAACUGGAUGGGCUCUGUGGAAAGCAUUUGAGUUCCCCAGAGAUUAGGCAGGCCAUAGGCAGUGGUAUUAUGAAGUUUGGUCUGCAGCUGUUGGAGAACCUGAAGGCAAACUCAGAACAACCUAACGUCAUUAUCUCGCCCCUCAGUGUGUCCUUAGCUCUCUCUCAGCUGGCUCUGGGGGCAAGGAAUGAAACAGAGGAGCUCCUCUUUCAGCACCUGCAUGCUGAUGCGGUGCCGUGCUACCACAAAGCAGUGAAAAGCCUCCUCCACCGCGUCCGCAGAAACGCCCUGCAAAUUGCCAGCCGCAUCUACCUUGGCCCUGGAUUUCAGCCAAAACAGGAGUUUAUUCAAGAGUCUCUGAAGAUAUAUGAUUCAGAGCCUGCGAUCUUGACGGAGCUCGAGGAGGUCAACGAGUGGGUAGAGAAAUCCACAAAUGGUUAUGUCACAGACUUCCUGACCAGUCUUCCUCCUAACCUUGUCAUGAUGCUUAUCAAUGCUGUGCACUAUAAAGGGGAAUGGCUCACACGCUUUGACCCUCGCUUUACUGCGACUGAACCCUUCUACAUUGAUGAAAACCUGAUGGUCAAUGUUGACAUGAUGCUCGGCCCAAAAUACCCACUCAGCGUUUUCACUCACAAUGAACUUGAUGCUCAGGUUGCACAUUUUCCGUUCAAAGGGAAUAUGAGCCUGGUAAUUGUAAUGCCUAUUACUGGGAAUGUCAAUGUGACAGCGAUUGCGGCCAAUCUCAAUAUCUCAAACCUUUAUAGCCGCUUCCCACGAGAGAGAAACAUGCAGGUCAAACUCCCCAAGUUUAAAUUAGAUUUCUCUCAGGAACUUGAUGAGGCCCUAAGGAGCAUGGGUCUAGGGGAGCUGUUUACAAGUCCCAACCUGGCUGGUAUCUCAGACGGCCCCCUGCUGGUCUCCAGUGUGCAGCACAAGUCCAGCAUGGAGAUAAAUGAAGAGGGUGCAGAAGCUGCUGCUACAACCAGUGUAGUGAUCUCCCGCUCCAACCCCUCCUUUACAGUUAACCAGCCUUUUUUCUUGGCCCUCAUGGAUGAUUCCUCUCAAACACCACUUUUUCUGGGGGUUAUUUCCAACCCUAACCCUAGUGGAUCUGCCAUGAUAUCUAACCCAAGCGAUUCAGAUAAGACAGGGUUCGUUUCUGACAAGGAUGAUGUACCGUCUUUUGCCCUUCCACCCAAAUGAGCGUUUUCAGCAGAGGGAGACUACAACUGAUGUUGAGCUGCACAGGGCUGCCACACAGAGGCAAAUGAAGACCUGCAAUAAAUCCAGGCACAGCAAUUCUAUUGUGUAAAACGUUUUUAAUGGACAUGGGUCAAAUAUGUAGUGAAAUUUUGAAAUGAUUCUUUUCACUGUCUGGACAAAUUACUGUUCAGCUUAAGAUCAAGCUCACAUUGGCAGCAAUCGACUUUGAAUACUACGUGUCAGUGCUGUUUUCAAAGCAUGAUAGUGAAUGAUUAAAAGUGUAUUUAAAAGAC